GCCCCAAUACAUUCUCAUCUGCCGUCUCUCCUCCUCAAAAAAGAAAAAGAUAAGAUGGAAGCUCUGAUUUCUCAGUUCACGAUCCUCUCGGACCAAGCCCUUUGCGACAAGAACUUCGACCCCCAAGCCAUUGAUGACGUCAUGAAGCUCUUCGAGCUCGAGGCCUACAAGGCCUGGGCGUCCAUGGAGCUUGAGCAGGAGAAACAGGUCGAAGAAACAGUCACUCACAUGCAGGAAGCAGAGGACCAUGUCAACUCUGUCAUGGACAGCGCAAUGGAGGAGUUCCGGCGGUUCGAGGAGGAGAUGGAUCGGAUGGCUCAGGCGGAGUACGACAGUCUGGUCGGCUUCGCCGACAAGGCGUGGGGCGUGGGGAAGGCCGUGGAGAUGGCGGCCACCGUCGCUGCGAAGAAGUAUAUCGAAGCGGCCGUCAACUCCGCUACCUCUUCCAUGAGAUCUGCCGUCAAAGCCGUUUCUUCUCGUUCCAAAAAGGUUCACCCUUCUUGAAGAGCAAUAAAUCAAUUAACUAUUUCUGCAAUCAGUAGUUAUGCUGUGAACGAUUAUGUGUAAUUUGGUGUAUCAUAAAUGAUAAUUUAUAUGAAAUGAUGAAUCCACGAAGCAGUUCGAAGAUUUUUGUUUGUUCUGAUCCGAUCAGUGAAUAUAAUUGCUUUGACGGAUCUGAUUGAGAAGCAGAUUUUAGUCAGGAAAACUAAAGGC